GUUGACGGAUGUUUAGUUCAACAUGUAAAACUGUACAUUAAUAAGUGAAGUGCUAGUGCACUGAGUAGUGUAGUGAUGUGCUCGUAAAUAGGGGGCUAUGAAGCGCCUUGGGCCCACGUGGAUCUGGCUUACAGCCCUCAUGCUGGGGCUCACUACAGCUUACAGCGACACUGAGGAGUUCCUCAGCGAUCUAGACAAACCAGUGCCAACUUUAGACGUCCAGGGAGUGCUGGGUAAAAAGGCUUCACUUCCUUGUGAUAUACAGCCUCUACACUCGGACGACGCGGUUGUUAUGGUACUAUGGUUCAAGGAGUCGGAUGGAGAACCAUUGUAUAGUUUUGACAUCCGAGGACGGUCCUAUAACCAACCAAAGCUCUGGUCUUCCCCACUGGUGUUCGGAAAUCGAGCCUAUUUCCGCGGGGGUGCAACACCAGCUGUUCUCAUGGUUGACAAUGUGAUUGCGAUGGAUGCUGGAGUGUAUAGAUGCCGAGUAGAUUUUAAAAACUCUCCCACUAGAAACCUUAAAGUUAAUUUCACUGUUAUAAUACCUCCGAGCCGUCCAGCGAUAUACGACGCAAAGAGAAGAGAUCGGACUAAACUCGUGGAGCCCUAUAACGAAGGAUCAAAUGUUUUAUUGAUCUGCGAAGUUGAAGGAGGUCGACCAAGACCGCGAGUUACAUGGUACCUUGAGAACGUGGUGAUCGAUGACUCAUUCGAGCAGCGAGCCGACGGUAUCACAGUCAACACCCUGACAUUCCCCAAUGUAGGAAGACAACAUCUGAAUGCGAGGCUAGUGUGCCAGGCUUCUAAUACAAAUUUGGCACCACCGGAGACCAAAGUUUUAAUAUUAGACAUUAAUUUGAAACCAAUAACAGUGAACAUAUUAAACAAAGAAAAACAAGUGUCCGCCGACAAAAGAUACGAAAUAGAGUGCAAGACGACUGGCUCGCGGCCCGACGCGUCAGUCUCCUGGUGGAAGAACAAUAGACAACUCAAGAGGAUGGCGAAAAAUUUCUCUGAGAACAAUGAAACACUAAGCGUGCUCAGUUUAGUACCGAGUGUGGAAGACGAUGGGAAGUACUUGACUUGCCGCGCGGAGAACAAACACAUCCCGGACUCAGCUAUAGAAGACAAAUGGAGGCUUAACGUGCACUAUGUACCGAUUGUAGAUUUGAAGAUGGGAUCAAAUUUGAAUCCAGACGAAAUAAAAGAAGGUGCCGAUGUAUACUUCGAAUGCACUGUCAAAGCAAACCCAAAGUCACAUAGACUAGUUUGGUAUCACGGUCAUAACGAAAUAUUCCACAAUGACUCUGCGGGUAUAAUUCUGAGCUCCCAAAGCCUAGUACUGCAGAGCGUAACGCGGAGCGCGGCUGGAGACUACACUUGCGUGGCAGCUAAUAGCGAAGGCAAGGGAACAAGCAAUCCUGUAUCUUUAUUGGUGCGAUAUGCACCAGUGUGCGCGGAACGUCGUGAUAGCGAGCUUUUUGGCGCGCUAAAGCAUGAGACCGUCAUGUUACACUGUAGUGUUGACGCCAAUCCGGCAGUGGUAUCCUUUCAUUGGACUUUCAACAACUCUGGCGAACAGACUGAAUUACCUCCACGGUUAUCCAGCGUUGUAGGACACACGUCUACAUUAAAUUAUACGCCCAGUACUGACAUGGAGUAUGGGACAUUGGCUUGCUACGGCGAAAAUUCUGUAGGCCAACAAAAGGUGCCCUGCGUUUUUCAAUUAGUGGCUGCAGGUCGGCCGUUUCAAGUACAGAACUGCACAGUAGCGAAUCAGAGUUUGGAUUCAUUGUUUGUGGAGUGCGUCGAGAAUUUCGAUGGUGGUCUGCCACAGACAUUCCUUAUGGAGUUGCUUGAGCUGCCAUCGCUAACUGUCCGCUAUAAUGUAUCUACAAAUAAAACUCCACCGAUCUUCGAAAUCCGCAGUCUUCCUCCAGGAGUGAGUUAUAGAAUCGACUUGUACGCGGUCAACGCUAAGGGCAGGAGUGAUGUCACUACCAUAGAACAUGUUAUUCUGAAGGGACAAGCUAAGUAUACAGGUGAAAGCAACUCUUUGGGAAUAUCGCCGGUGUUGGCAUCAAUAGCAGCAAUGUCUGCGCUGCUUGUGACAGCGUUGUGUGGCGUGUUAGCUAUACUAUACCGUCGGCACGCCAGACAUAGACACAUGCCAGCAAAACAUGCGCCUUUAAAUGAGGCUAUCUAUAAUGAUCGGGCGGGACAAUGUCCUACUCCCGUAAAGCAAGAGGCUUGCAAUGAAGGAAGCAAUGUAGGAUCAGGAGUUGGUGGAGCAAGUGGAGCGCUACUAAGAGAAGACCUCGGCGACGACGCCGAUCCAGACAUUAUACCAAACCUAUACGAGCGUCGUCCAGUCUCGAAUGGAUAUAUGAGCUUACAGCGCCCCCAGUCCAACAACAAACUGAGCAAGAACGAUGACUUGAGAUCGGAGCCUGAUGGCGCGGGCUACUAUGACUUUCGGAAGAAGGACUACAGGAUUCCUUUGACUAGUCAGUCAUACCAUAGUCUAGGACGAGCAAAUAAGGGCGUAACGACAAGCCCCAAUUCCGGAAGCGGCGUCACAUCAUCUUUGACCGCACAUCGCCUGCGACCAGAAGUGGUCACCACCUCACAUCGUGUGCAAGAAAGCUGUAUAUAAAUGCAUGGUAGAGCAUUGUUGUGACAUCUAGAUAGAAGAAAUAGGUAAACGUACUUUUGUGUGAAAACUUUACUUGUACCAAAAAUCUUAUUAUAGAAGUAUUUCCAAAAAUUUGAAAUAGAAAAAUAGAUCCCAAGAAAUAUUAAAUGUAUUAAAUUCUUGGGAUACAACAAUAGAUUUUUUUGUAUUAAAAAUUAUUUGUUAUAAAAAAUUUAAAUAGUAUUUAGAUUUUUAUUGCGGGACGCCAAAUUCGCGUUUUUCGGACCUAUUUAGUGUGUAUAUAAAUGUAUGUAUGUCAUAGUAUUUUCAAGAAUGUGAGUUUGAAUAAAAUAUUCACUUCUUCGUUGGAUGUCAUAUAAUUUAGGUGCAAAUUUCCUCUUAAAAACACUCAAUAAUGUAAUAUUACCCUUUUGUUAUUAAGAAGAAAUUACUUUGAUCCAAAUAAUAUAAUCAUAACAAUGCUCAAAAUCCCUCCGAUCUUGUAAUUAAUAUAACUAAGCUGACUGUGUUCCUUUUAUAAUGUAAAUAAUUUUUUUACCUAUCUGUUAGUCUGUAUCAGCAAGUAAUUCCAUAUCAUGCUGAUAAACUUUAAUGUUCUAAAUAAUAUCCAUUGUUUAAUAUGUAUGUAGAAAUCUUUAAACACAAAUUUAUAUUUACGAUGACGUAAACAGACAUCGCCAGUCAUCAUGUUACUAAAUUUAAAAUAUCGUUCGUAAGUGCUAUAGUUCGUAGAUUGUUAUAUAGGAAAGAAAAAUAGGACCCGCAUAUAUAUUACAAACAAAAAACAAAUCGGAUAUGUCUAAUAGCAUUGAAAUUCGUUUCGUUCGUUUUGCUGAGAUCCGCUUACAUAGUAUCUUCUAUGUUUUUUGGCGUUACAUUUCUCUUUCUUAUCGAUAUAUCUACUAUAAGCAUAUACGAAUAGUAUUUUGGAUAUAGCAACGUGUUUUAUCGACAAGUAUGGUAAGUAAAAUAAGGAUUUAUGAUAUGGUUUUACUAUUUUAUUUUAUUGUCUCUAUUACACAUAUCAAUUGGCUUUUAAUAAUUAAAUUCUUAUUGGCAUUAAGGAUUUACAAAAUAACGUGUAACCGAGAGCAGUACCAAUAAUUCCACAUCUAAUAUUACGGCCACUCGGAGUUCAUUAUGCUACCAAAUGCAAUUUCCUGUCACCGCCGUAUAUUCAUUUACCAACAUAUUUGUUAUAUUUGGCCGCAUAAUACAAAGCAGCCCUGAGAUUCUAUUUGGAAUAGACUUUCUGUUUACUUCUGUUCGAAAUAAUACACUACGUAUUCCAUGAAUUCAGUACCUACUCUCUAGACGUCUGUAUCUGUUAUAUUGACAUGUGUACUGUGCUUGACACAUGUCGAUUAUGCAGACCUACGGGUUUAGAAAUAAAUAUCCAUCGGAGCAUAGGUGGACUAGGAACUCGUAACCUCAGUUUUGGUCUGCAAGAUUAACACUGAUCUAUUAAAAUAAAUAAAUAGUGUUGAAAUUAAACUGAGAGCUUUCCCACGGUAUGUACUGUAUCAUUGUACCUAUAAGU